GGACUUCCCUCUCCAUUCGCCAGCCGCCUCUCUCCCGGUCCCCACGGCUGCGAACUGAUCUGGCGCGGUGGGGGGGGGAGGCAGGAGGAGGAGAAGAGCACAGGCGAAGGAGAGGGCGAGAGAACCGGAGGCAGAGGGAAUAGUGGCCGCUUUCCGCAACUGGGAUUCAUGCCUGUCCUCGGGACCAGCAAAGGGGACUUUACGGCUGAGUAUGAGCCAGGCUGCUAGAAGCCAGGUACCCCCACGCCUGCAGUCCCUGCGCCGUCCCCGGUAUGCGAGCUGGACGCAGGGCUCUUCCAAGUUCCCAUCGAGCCGAAUAAAAAGCGCCCUUCCGCUGCUCUCCGCCAAAGACGGACAUUGACUCCAGGACUCCACAGAAUGGAGCAAGAAUGAGAGGAAAAAGGCCUGCAGAAAAGCAUGAACUGGAGGUUUGUUGAGCUCCUCUACUUCCUGUUUGUAUGGGGCCGUAUCUCAGUGCAGCCCUCCCACCAGGAGCCAGCUGGGACAGAUCAACAUGUCUCCAAGGAAUUUGAUUGGCUUAUUUCAGACAGGGGGCCUUUCCACCACUCCAGGAGCUACCUAUCCUUUGUGGAAAGACACCGUCAAGGAUUUACAACCAGAUAUAAAAUAUACAGGGAGUUUGCCCGUUGGAAGGUGAGGAACACAGCCAUAGAGAGGAGAGACCUGGUCCGCCAUCCAGUGCCCCUCAUGCCGGAGUUUCAAAGGAGCAUCCGUCUGCUUGGCAGAAGACCAACCACUCAGCAGUUCAUUGAUACCAUCAUCAAAAAAUACGGCACCCACUUGCUCAUCUCUGCUACAUUGGGAGGAGAGGAAGCUUUGACCAUGUACAUGGACAAAAGUCGCCUUGACCGGAAGUCAGGGAAUGCCACUCAGAGUGUUGAAGCUUUGCACCAGCUUGCAUCAUCCUAUUUUGUCGACCGUGAUGGCACCAUGAGAAGGCUCCAUGAGAUCCAGAUAUCAACUGGAGCGAUCAAGGUCACAGAGACACGCACUGGGCCUUUGGGCUGCAACAGCUAUGACAAUCUGGACUCUGUGAGUUCUGUCCUCCUGCAAAGCACGGAAAGCAAACUGCAUCUUCAAGGUCUUCAGAUAAUCUUCCCACAGUAUCUGCAAGAGAAGUUUGUUCAGUCAGCUCUGAGCUACAUCAUGUGCAAUGGUGAGGGAGAGUAUGUGUGUCAGAACAGCCAGUGUCGCUGCCAGUGUGCGGAGGAGUUCCCACAGUGCAACUGUCCCAUUACCGACAUCCAGAUCAUGGAGUUCACACUGGCUAACAUGGCCAAGUCCUGGACCGAAGCUUACAAGGACCUGGAAAAUUCAGAUGAGUUUAAGUCAUUUAUGAAGCGUCUCCCAAGCAACCACUUCCUGACCAUUGGUAGUAUCCACCAACACUGGGGUAAUGACUGGGAUCUACAGAGCCGUUACAAGCUCCUGCAGAGCGCCACUGAGGCUCAGAGGCAGAAGAUCCAGCGCACAGCCCGCAAGCUCUUUGGUCUCAGUGUGCGAUGCCGCCACAAUCCCAACCACCAGCUGCCUAGAGAGAGGACAAUUCAGCAGUGGCUUGCACGGGUCCAGUCACUUCUCUACUGCAAUGAGAAUGGCUUCUGGGGAACCUUCCUGGAGAGCCAGAGGAGUUGUGUGUGCCAUGGUAGUACCACACUGUGCCAGCGCCCAAUCCCAUGCAUCAUAGGUGGGAACAACAGCUGUGCCAUGUGCAGCCUGGCAAACAUCUCACUCUGUGGCUCCUGCAAUAAGGGCUACAAGCUGUACAGAGGCCGCUGCGAACCACAGAAUGUGGAUUCUGAGCGGAGCGAGCAGUUCAUUAGCUUUGAGACCGACCUGGACUUCCAGGACUUGGAAUUGAAGUACCUGUUGCAGAAGAUGGACUCACGCCUCUAUGUUCACACUACCUUCAUCAGCAAUGAGAUUCGCCUUGAUACAUUCUUUGACCCUCGGUGGCGCAAGCGCAUGUCCCUUACUCUCAAGAGCAACAAGAACCGCAUGGACUUCAUCCACAUGGUGAUUGGCAUGUCCAUGCGUAUCUGUCAGAUGCGCAACAGCAGCCUGGACCCCAUGUUCUUUGUCUACGUCAAUCCUUUCAGCGGCAGCCAUUCAGAGGGCUGGAACAUGCCCUUUGGGGAAUUUGGCUACCCACGUUGGGAGAAGAUCCGUCUGCAAAACAGCCAAUGCUACAACUGGACUCUCUUGCUGGGCAAUCGGUGGAAAACUUUUUUUGAGACUGUCCAUAUUUACCUGCGUAGUCGGACUCGGCUACCUACCCUACGUAAUGAGACCGGCCAGGGCCCCGUGGACCUGUCGGAUCCCUCCAAGAGGCAAUUCUACAUUAAGAUAUCCGACGUGCAGGUGUUCGGGUACAGCCUGAGGUUCAAUGCUGACCUCCUUCGAAGUGCCGUGCAACAAGUGAAUCAGUCCUACACACAGGGUGGUCAAUUCUAUUCCUCUUCAUCUGUGAUGCUCCUCAUGUUGGACAUUCGGGACCGAAUAAAUCGUCUGGCCCCUCCGGUGGCUCCAGGAAAGCCCCAGCUGGACUUGUUUUCCUGUAUGCUGAAGCACCGCCUGAAGCUAACUAACAGUGAGAUUAUCAGGGUGAACCAUGCCUUGGACCUCUACAACACUGAGAUCCUCAAACAGUCCGACCAGAUGACAGCCAAACUCUGCUAACUGGGGACCCUUCGUCGUGGACUUUCCCUUCUGUUGUACACACAACAGAAUAAAACAAAUCAAAACAAAAUAAAAUACACACACACACAAACACAAUUUGUAAAAUGUAAUUAAUAUUCAAAAGAAAGGAGGAAAGAAUCUUCAAUUGUUGGAAACUGAAGUGUUGUAGCAACUGUAUAAAACUGUGGGGGCAUGUCUGUUACUACUAUAUUCUGUCAUGAAGAAGGGUCUCAGACUUUUGUGGAGCUUGGAGAUGGUGGCUUCUUGGGCCUCAGGUGCUGUGUGGAGCGGGGGAGAAGGGAAGAGCAUAUGCAAUGAAUUGUAAAGACCUCUGCUGUGCAGGUGCUAAGAUUAAACACUAAAAGAGAAAGCAAGAGAUCUAUGUAAUGUACCUCUGACACUGCCAUUUUUCCUUGUGAGAGGAAAUGGACGUAGAUAAAGAAGAUAUUUCUUCUGUUAAGAGUUCUUCCCUCUUUAUGCUUAAUUCUCUGUGUUUCUUUUGACGCUUUGAUGUGGUUGGGGGUUGCAAGAGCAUUGCAGUCUUACAAAGUCUAUAUGGCUUCUUUACUUCUAAAUAAAUGGAAGCUAGUGGAAGCUGGCUACUAGGUAGGGCUGGGAGAACAGGAACUGGCACAGUUCUAGAAGAGUGAAUAACCUUAGAUACUAGCCUCUCAAACCAAAUAGUUUAGAAAUUAGGGCCAAAGGGGGGUAGCAUUCUCAUGAAUACACCCAUAAUAAUUGCCCCAACAUGGGUUUGAAUCCGACCUUCUGGUUCACUAGGCAGCACCACUUCUUUCUAAGCACUCUGAACACUGACUUUAUGCUUCAAAUGUUUUUACUAAAGGGAAAAAGAUUUCUCUAUCCAAGAUUGUGUUUGAUAGUUGUUUUACUUGCAUAAAGAAACAUUUUUUCCACCUACUUUCUCUAAAAAGAGAUAUAGUAUCAUAUUGUUCAGAAAUGUUUUCCCUAUUAAGGAUGGUUUUAAUUUGACUAUAGCCAGUGACCAAGUAAUAACACUAACAAUCAUAAUAUUAAUGAUAAUGUAAAUUUUAGUGUUGUAUUAGAAUAUGAAAGGCUUCUCAAAUACUUUUUAAUUACUGUUGGAAUAACUUAUAAUACACACGAGCACAUGUGCACCUGCAUCACCCUCCUGCCACACAUGUAUGCUCAGUAGAAACACUGUCACUUCUCGAGAGCGACUUGGGUUGAGUAGAAUGAGAAACACAAAAAUGCAUGCUCUUCUCAAAACACUUCUGCGGAAGAUUUAUGCAGACCUUGCCUAGUAGCCUUAAGAGAUCAGCAUUCGCUUUUUCACUAGGUGGUAUCUGCGAGAGGCACUUGUUUGCAAUCUAGAUAGUCAUUUGUGCAUUGGGAGUGAAAUACAGAAUCGUGAAAGUGUGCAGGAGAAUAGAAGCCUUCUGGUCUAAGUCGUUAGUGUUCACUGCUCACUUGCCUGGACAGGAAACUGCUUAGUUCUGUUUUCUACUUUCCUUGACUGCUGCUUUCACCAAAGGGAAGCAACAAUUUUCAUUUCAGCUUAUGUUACAAAAACGAUCUAAUAAUUAGAUAUCACUUCAUACUUUGCACAUCCCUCAAACCAGCACAUGCUGGCUUUAGUUCUAUUAUGUGCAUUUGUCUUUCAUGAUGUUUUCUCCACAGCCUAGAUGUUACCAGUAGUACACCAUAGGAAUCCCAUUAUUGAUACCUUAAAGUGAAAAAUGGGGGCUUCAGUGUACAAAAGAAAGAUUUUCUGAGGGGCGAAAGAUUAUUUUUUCCUAAAAUUGUAGAUUAAAAUUUAAAUAUUCUCAUUUUUGGUAUGAAUUAGCAUACAUUUACAUUUUGUGCUGACUAAAACAUGCUUGUACAGGUUUUUAGAUCUCAGCUUUUGAAAUCUUCAGUAUUCAUUUAGUUUGGAAAUCCUUUAUGUAAGGAAUCACAUUACCAAAUAUCCCCAGAGCUUAAGCAGAUGAGGAAUUCAUCAAACAAUGUCGAAGGGCCUAGUAAAUGAGUGGAGAAUGUCAGAAAUACAAAUAUUGAGAGAAAAUGGUCCAUGGUUUGUGCCAUUCAAAUAGUAAUUAAGAAGACAUACAUGUAAACCAAUGUCUAAAUAUAUAUUUAAAUAUAUUAUAUAUAUUUUAGAUAUAUAUACUAUUUAUUAUAUAUACAUAUUCAGGACACACACAUAUAUUACCAAGAUGAGUGUCGUUAUAGAGGUGGGCAUAGAGAGAAGAGCCUGAAGAAGCUAUAAUAUGCUUAGCAGUUUGAGAAGAAGGACUCUUAGAAGGGAUAGGUUCAUUGUCAACGUUGGAAAAGGAUUAGAACUUAGACAAGUAGAAGAAACCUGAUGACCAAAGAAAGGGUGAAAACAAAAUAUAAAUAUAUAAAUUCAACUUCUAAAAACCAUUUAGGGACUAGCCAUAACAACUUUUGAAAGUGUCAUUGUUGAAUGGAUAUAUUAUCAGAGGAGUGAGAAGGCUGGAUCUUUAGGAGAAAUAGAAACAGCCAUCCACAAUGUUCAUGACUGAAACAAUUUUUCAGACAGAUUAUAUUCCAUUCAUUUUCUUUUUUCACUUAUCUCCAACUUCCAAAGACUUUCCUCUAACUUCUAACUGAAGUCUCCUUGCAAGGUGAACCUUGGAAGAUUGCUAGGUAGUCUUCAUCUUCACAACAGUGCUGUUUCAUACUUAUCAAAAUGACAUAAGGACCUUCAAUCUGAAGUCCUCAUCAGUCUUUACCAAUGGUAUGUGUAGGAAAAGCCACUCCCCCUUCUACUUGAAAAUAUUGAGUCAGUCAUUUCAUCUUUGAGAUACACAUAAUGCAUGUUGAGAAAUUAUGGAAAUAUAGGAACUUUCAAGAAGAAAAACUAAAUCACUAGAAUAUUGUCUAAGGUGAGAGAAAAAUAAUUUGCACUUAUGGAACACAAAAAUUCUGAAGUUCCAUUGUCACUUGCUUCAGUCUGACUCUGAGCCCUUUGAACUACAGUGACUGUUUCUAACUGUGAGAAAGAGAAUCCUGAAGCCUUUGAGUGGUAUUUUAAUUCAAUUAGAUCCUUACCAAUUUGAUGCAGCAACUGAAGACCUACAGUCUCUUAUUAAUAUGCUGGUGCUGAGACACAAGAGUGAACAGAAUGCCCAUUUGGAUAAGGCUUGGCAGCAAAGCAUGUCAUCACCAUGGAAACCACAGAAAGCCAUUAAUUAGCUAUCAAGUAAAAUCAUUGGAAAAUUCUAGACCAUUAUAUCGUUGCCCUCUUUAAAGUAGAGGGCAAGGAGAGACUUGCACUAAAAGUAAGGCUCUCUUCAGAGAUUAAAAUUAUACUUAUCCAGAGACUACAACUUUCAAUGUGGAAGAAAUGUUGGUAUGCAGAAACAAUGAACACAGUAACAAUGAGAUGAGGUUGUUCUAGUGCAAAAGUAUAAUUUCUGAUAUUGAGUUCUUUCUUGGCUUUUCUAAACUAAAUAAAAUAUCUUAAUGAUAAGCAAUUUAACCUAUUAAUGAUUCUGUGAGAAGAAAAUGAUCAUAAUAAAAAUAUGGUUCCACUAGAUGGUGAUAAAUGAUCAAGAGAAGAUAUCACAGCAUCAAAGGGCAGAGGAGUGACCUACUGUUAAUGGAAUAGAUUCAGGACAUAUCACUUGCCAGUUAAUAGAGGGGGAAAGCAAAUAUUAAGAAGGUGGUAAAAGAGAAAAUUUAAAAAGUCAGACAAACACACAGCAACAAAAACUUUUUAUCUACAUAACCACAAUAACUGUAACUGGACAAAAUUGAUACUUUAAAAAGCAGUUUGUCAGGCUGCAAGUUAUUGGUUAAAAAUAAACAUAAAUAAGUUUUGAAGAUAACAGAAUGAGUGCAGAUAUGCUAGAAAAAUAUCAAAAUAAAACAGAUGCUCCAUUGUUAAUGGCUUUAAAGAGAAUUCAAAGAUUAAAAUAGUCACUUUAUUAAGAAUAAACAGACAAAUACAUAAAAAUAAGAUGCUUAAUAUUAAAUGAGUAUUUAAAAAUUUUUCAAAUUUCAGCAAUAAAAAAUCAUUGAAAAAAAUAUUUUAUCAGUUUUUGUGUGCUUAGUGCCCUUUUCAUUAUCUCAAAAUUAAAGGUCACCAAUGCUAAUUGCCUAAUCAAUUCAAGAAUCUGUCUUGUGAAAUUUUAACUAGUGAGUUACUGAAACAACAGUCAUGUGGUUUAUAGGCAUUCUUUAUAAUUUCCCCUGCCCUGUUUCUCUCUACCAUCAUCAUCUUCAUCAAAAUUGUAUUCCAAGAAUUUCUUACUAGGGACCAGCCAAAUUUUUGGAUGCUGCCAGUGAUCUCAGGCCGAGUUGAGGUCAUUUCUUCUUUCUUUGUAUAUAGUAUCAGAAGCUACAGAUUUAUCAACCUAAACGUCCUGGAAGGAAGUGGCUCUCUGUGUGACCUUUACUAUUCUGACAUUGCUUCUCUCAAACCAGCAUCAAAGGCUGCAGUUGCAAGCACAAUCAUUCAUUACCUUCAUAAUGCUGAGUCAAUUUUAUGGUACCCAAUGCUGGCUUAUUACAAUCUUUCCUACUCAGUAAGCUUACAGAUCAAGAAAGAUGAAAGGAUUAAAUGGGAUAGAGACCAAUCAAGGAUGAGGAUGUCACCUUACUUUUCUCAUAUAGACUUAGUAAAUGCCUGUAGAAUUGAAAACAAACAAAAACAACUCUUGUCUUUAAAAGAUGUAAAAGCUUUGGUCUUUUUCUAAUAAAAAUGUACCUUAAUAUACACUUUAAAGCAACAUUUCCAUGAUCCCUUAACAGUUUCUCUUGAACAUUCUGAAAUGUUGCAAAACUUGAGUAAAUACAUCUGGUGAACAUUACACUACCAAUUUGGUUUUCCUUUGGCUGAAGCACAAUUUGUUCUAAGACAUCAUUCCAAGUCCAUGUAAUUUAUGUGGCAUCAUCUUGCCUCUACCGUGGCUUACUGAAGUAUGGACCAGUUGAUAGUAAUUGUAGUAUGAUUAAUUUAAUGAAAAUCAACAUAUUCUAGAUCCAAAUGUAUUAUAUUAAUUUGUGCUUUGUAAGUACUAACUAAAUAAAGGGCUAUUACACCAAAUAUCAGUGAGUUUGGGAAGAGGAUGAAAAAUAAAGUUUUGACAUUGGAUCAGAGGCAGAACCUAACUCAUUAGUCAAGUAGAAAGGAGGACAUGAAAUUUCACGGGAGAGUGCUAAAAAUGCAAGGGAAAGCCUUUCUUUCUCUAAGAAGCCAAUGAGUGCCACAGAUUAGAAGGUGAGCUUCACCCUGAGUUAGUAUCUAAUCCAAAUUCCGUUCUUGGA